AUGCGCCGCCAUGGCAGGGCCAGCGGAGGCUCGACCAAGGCCGUCACGCCUAUCUCCGAAACCGCAUCCCUGCUACAUUCGUUCGACUCGGUGACCAAUCCUAAUCGUCCUGUCCGGCCGUCACCGUUGACCUCGUCGAGCAUCCGCGCUUUGCCGCUAGACCUCGUCGACCGAUUGCGCUCCUUCCCUCUUUUCCAAUCCACUCCAGAGUCAUUCCUGAUCGAUGUCGGCCAGCAUCUUCGCCCCCAGCUCCAACAAGCCAAUGACUAUAUCCUGACGGAGGGUGACGAAUCCAAGGCGAUCUACUGGUUGGUCCGGGGUGCAGUCUCGGUGACUUCUCGCGAUGGCGAGAGUGUGUAUGCAGAUCUCGAAGCAGGUUCGUUCUUUGGCGAGAUCGGCGUACUGAUGGACCGCCCACGGACAGCAACCAUUGUCGCCCGCACCAGAUGCUUGCUGGUCGUUUUGACCAAGGAGGAUUUCACCCAAAUCCUCCCCCGCUUUCCUGACGUGGAGCGGGCGAUUCGAGACGAGGCGCAGGAAAGAUUGAUGAUUCUGGAGAAAAAGAAGAAGGAAACAUCUGUACCGGUGGUCGAGCCUGGGAGCCCGGCUAGAAGAGGCUCGAAGAGAGUGAGGGACACAUUUUCUGGAGACCUCAAUCUCAGCGAGCAGGACGGCAGGUCUUUGACGUCCGUCAACAAAAAACGGAAAUCUCCCAGCCCUGGCUUGGCUGACGGAUCCUCCAGUGCACUGGCGAAUGGACUAGUCAAUGUCCGCCUUCUGCUCAAGGAAUUACCAUUGUUUGCCGGCUUGCCGCCAGAUAUCCUCCACUUUUUGGGACUCAAUGCGCAACCUCGAUCCUACCCCCCUUUCACCGAUAUCAUCAAACAAGACUCCCAAGGACGCGAGAUAUACUUCAUUGUCCGCGGCGAAGUGGAGGUUCUAUCGGAGCGAGCGGACGCACAGCAUACGCAGUCCCUGCCCAAGACCAUUGAACAUCCAGGUUUCGAAGUGAAAGCACGGCUGAAACAAGGUCAGUAUUUUGGGGAGGUAGUAAGUCUGUCGCUAGCACCUCGAAGAACCGCUACUGUGCGGUCUAUCAGUGCCGUAGAGUGUUUGAUGAUAAGCGGAGAGGUGUUGGCUGAAUUUUGGGAGAGAUGUCCUCAGAAGGUCCGCCAGCAGGUCGAACAAACCGCUAAGGAGCGGCUCCAAUCCGCUUCUGAUGGCGAUGUUGUCAUGGCAGACGAUGGGGGCGUUGAGCCUUACGCUAAUCACAUGGAUGUCGAUGAAAAUUUCAAGUUAAGGGCAUCUCGGAGACAGUCCAUGCCCCUCCUAACUCUCACUGAAACGGAGUUAGACAGCACACCGAGACCCAAUGGUGUAGAUGAGCAGGCUCUCUUACGCCCAUCGGAUCCCGAUCCGUUCUUAAACAUUGGCUUGGAUAAAGUCCGCCUUCGAAGUCGACGUGGGUCUGUUGCCCCAAUAACUCCGGAGGAAGUUUCCGGAGAGCAGCAGCGGCCAUCAACUCCUUCUUCCGAGCCGCGGUCCACGAGCUCAUCCUUUCUCACCCUACCAGGAACCCCUAGACUUUCCACAUCCCAGGAAAGCCCCCGUGUACCCCGCCAGGAUAACCAUGGCGCGCUUCCUGACAACCUACUUACCAAGGUCUUUCGGCAUAUGGAGCUCCAUGAUCUUCUACGUCUCCGAGCUGUCUCGAUGCACUGGUCCGAGCUCCUAAGCACAUCCACUGAACUCCUCCAUCGCCUCGACUUAAGCGUAUAUAAUCGGUGUAUUACCGAUGAUGUCCUCGUGAAAAUCAUUUGCCCGUUUGUUGGCAACAGACCUCGCUACAUCAACAUUAGUAAUUGUUUUCAUAUCACAGACGAGGGAUUCAGCAAACUGGUUGCUGUAUGUGGUUUCAAUGUUACUACCUGGAAGAUGAAGAGUGUCUGGGAUGUCACGGGAUCGGCCAUCCUUGACAUGGCCAGCAAAGCAACCGGGUUACAAGAGGUUGACCUAAGCAACUGUCGGAAGGUUGGAGACACGCUGUUGGCGCGGAUUGUAGGUUGGGUCGUGCCUAGCCACCAUAAGCCCAGUGAAGACCCUACGAAGUCUGGCAAAGGAACCUUGAAACCUACCAAGCAGACUGCGGCCGGUACCGUGUACGGCUGUCCUGAACUGAAGAAAUUGACCUUGUCCUACUGCAAACAUGUCACCGACCGCUCAAUGCAUCACAUUGCAUCGCAUGCUGCCUCUAGAAUCGAGGAGAUGGACCUCACUCGCUGCACGACUAUCACAGACCAAGGUUUCCAGUAUUGGGGCAACGCGCAAUUUACCAAUCUGAGGAGGCUAUGUCUAGCAGACUGUACAUAUUUGACUGACAAUGCUAUUGUCUACCUGACUAAUGCCGCCAAACAACUUCAGGAACUGGAUUUGUCUUUUUGCUGCGCACUAUCAGAUACUGCGACAGAGGUACUCGCUCUACAAUGCUCCAAUUUGACCUACCUUAAUAUGUCUUUCUGCGGUUCUGCGAUCUCUGAUCCUUCCCUGCGCAGCAUUGGACUCCAUCUUUUGCAUCUCAAACGCCUUUCAGUUCGUGGCUGUGUUCGAGUCACUGGCGCUGGUGUUGAGGCUGUGGCAGAGGGUUGCGACAAAUUAGAGUCUUUCGAUGUCAGCCAAUGCAAGAAUCUCACGCCAUGGCUUGAAGCUGGAGGGCAAUCUAAAUACGCAAAACGAAUCAGCUUCGAAACCGUCGCUAUAGAUGGGAAAGUUUUCCGCUGA